UUACAUAGCUUAACCCUUCUCUGGUAAGGAUCAUGACCUGUGUCAGGGGUUUCAGAUGGAAGUUUUAGUUUGACCAGCUUUUCCCCAGCUCAGCUUCUGAAGUUGAUCAAGAUGGACCUCGACCUUCUCCACUGUGAUGAGGUGGAGAUUAAUCUUUGGCCUAUCAGAAAAGAUCAAAGUGCAUGCUUCUUCCUGGAAAUAGACUUACAUUCAGGAGGGAUAAGUGUGAAGGCAAUAAAGUGCAAUACAGUAGGUUUUCUUACAACUGCCACAAGUUAAGAUAUUGUUUGAAAUCACCAAACCAUCAAUCAGUGAUCAAUAAAUGAGCAUCUCCUGGAUGAAGUAUUAACAUCUCAGAAAUAGUUGUUUUACAAAGACAUCUCUUAAUUCGUUGCAUCUGAAAUUAUGAUACACUACCUGAAUUAACCUGGAUUUGUUGGAAUGGUUUAAGAGAUUUUCCUAUAGAAAGAGUGAAAGUAAUGUAUACUGUCCCAGUUGGAUUAGGCAUCUUCAGUGUCCUAACUAAAAGCCAUAGGUGACACUCCUGAUUCAUCAAAAUGCAUGCACCAAAUUCAGUUUGAAUUUCACAUAUGGUCCAGAACCUACUAAAAUGAUCUGUGAAUUAAUGAGAUUGAGCAAGCCAAUGGUCCUUGGAAGUGUUUACUCUGAAUGUUUCCUAAAAAGUCUCUUGACAUUUCAACAAGGUCUUCAAAAUAGUUAAUUAGUUUUUGACAACAAAGACAGUGAUAGCUGUCUCAUUGCAAAAUUGUUGGUCACAUAUUACCUGGGAAAAAGCACUAGUUAGGCCUUUGUAUUGUAGUAUUCACAGUCUUUUUGACUGAUCGAUAUUGCUAGGCUCAGUCGUCAGUAUUAGCCUAUAUAUCUCUCAGGACGUGCCGAAGAUCACAGGCUGUGAAUUACCCAGCCGCUCAAGAAUGGGGAGAACAUUUGACGUCAAUUGUGAGAUGCAACCUCAGGACCAAUGGGGUAGGCACAACCAAGAGACACAGACCGCAGACUGCCAAUAUCUUCAGCCUAGCGACAGCCCAAGGCUGUACGCUCCUCCAGUGAGAAAGAGAUGAAAAUAGCAUUAACAUCAGUUGAUACAACAACGGGGAAAGACGUGGUUUGAAGGGAUAAGGUGGCGGUGAUUUGUUUCGAUCCGCCUCCGUGGGCGCUCUCUCUCUCUCUUUCUCCCCAUUUCUUUGCGACUCCAUCUUCCUUCCAAGAGGUUGUCACGGAAUGCACAGGGGUUUCUUUGAAAGACCGUCAUUUCGCCACUUGAUGGGAGUGACAUGGAGACUCGCGCGGCAGCUCUGCAAUGAUUCACUCUCAUGCCGCAACAAUGAGUAACCAACUCCACAACACCUCUUCGUUGAUCUUCAGUGUGGAAGAGAGUGGCAACGACUCUCUCACCCUCACGACUGAGCUGCAGCCGCUCGCCGUCAACCCCUGGGACGUUGUCGUGUGUGUGGCAGGGACGCUGGUGUCCUUCGAGAAUGCGGUGGUGAUAGCCUUAAUAGUUUACACACCCACGCUGCGAGCGCCCAUGUUCGUGCUCAUCGGUUGCCUGGCCUUCGCAGACCUGCUCGCCGGCCUGAGCUUGAUCGUGAAUUUCGUCGUCAUCUACAUGCUGGACACCGGGCUGGUGACGCUUCUGUCCGCUGGACUUCUCAUCACCGCUUUCUCUGCCUCCGUGCUCACCAUCUUGGCCAUCACCGUGGACCGGUAUCUGUCGCUCUAUAACGCACUCACCUAUCACACGGAGCGCACGGUGUGUUUCACCUACUUUACGCUUGUGCUUAUAUGGCUGACUAGCGCCGCUCUGGGCUCGCUACCGGUCCUAGGCUGGAACUGCUUGGAGGAAGAAGCCACUUGCAGCAUCUGCUGGCCAGUCAACAAAAACAACGCCGCGACACUGGCGGUUACCUUUCUUCUUGUCUUUGCGCUCAUUCUGCAACUGUACCUGCAGAUCUGUAAGAUCGCGUUUCGGCACGCUCAACAAAUAGCGGUGCAGCACCACUUUAUGACUACCGCUCACGUUUCCUCCACCACCAAAGGGGUGUCUACCCUUUCCAUCAUACUUGGGACGUUUGCAGUCUGUUGGAUCCCUUUCGCCAUGUACUCCCUGGUGGCAGACGGCAGGUAUCCUGCCAUCUACGCGUAUGCCACCGCGCUCCCAGCCAUUUGCCACUCGUUCAUAAACCCCAUCAUAUACGCAUUCAGAAACCCAGACAUCCAACGGUCUUUAAAGCUCGCCUGUUGCGGAUGCCUGCCCCCCAGUUUCACCAUGCGACCGAGGACACCAAGUGAUGUGUAGAUAUUUAGCCUGUUCUAAAAAGCACAUAUACUCUUAAAUGAUCCAUGUAUUGUAACUGGAAAAAAUGAAUGGAAUGGUCUGGUUAUAUUUAAAAUGGCAUUUUAUGGUUAAGAUUUAACGUCUUCAUGCACCAGAGCAACCUUUUCAAUGUUGUACAUUUGCAUAUUUUCCCAUCGUGCACCAUGUAUAUAGGGGACAUGGGAAAUAUUACUUGAUUUUAAUGUACGCUGUCUUCUCAGGGGCCAGGGAAAGCCCAAGGUUUGUGAUGAAUGUAAUUUGGACUUCCAUUGUUGGUGUAGUUGGUGGACAGUACACAUAUCACUGUGAACGGAGAUGCACAUUAAUUUGCUUUUGUCAUCACACGUAGAUAUUUUUCCACAGGUGAUUAUAUUCUUUAGGCUAUUGGUCAAAACACGAUUGUCUGUGUCUCGUCGCUAUACAGUCAUAAGUGGUUAGACAUUGUAGGAUCAAAAUGUCUUUUCGUGGGAAAACAACAACAAAAACUAAAGUAAUAGUAGGCCCUAUUCAGAUCACAACAUUUGAUAUCACAUACAUAACCUCUGACUAUUGGAGUGGAGAACCAAGACGAAAACGAGACAUUUUUAAGCACCAUGGACAGCGGAUUGCGCAUAGCGAGCACACGAGGCCUAGAUGUUGAGUAUUCCCCUCACACUGAGGAUAGCUGGCGAGAAACUAGCAAGGAAGUGCCAGAUGCAGCAGUCCUGAUCAAUAAUUCAUAGUUAAGGGAUGGAACAACUCAUUCGCGGCCUGACUAAAACAGCUUAAAACGUAGUCAGGCAGUGUCACCAAAUGCAUAUUUCACAAGUUUUGCACAAUUAUUGGCGAUCAUACCAAUCUCUGGUGAAACGGUCGAAGUGCUUCACGCGAGCACUGGUCUGAGCAAAGAUUGCUACGUGCGCACAUUUUCUAUAUAUAUAUUAAACUAAGUUGUACAUCGAAAUGUACGAGUAUAAUAACUGUCAUGUAUUGGCCUUUUUACAUGUUAGGCUGGCCUGGCAAUCACUGAAUCAUCAUUGCCCGGUUCUAUAUUGCAAGAUGCAUUGCAAAAUGUGUUCUUGGGCCUAUCUUGAAUUGAUGGAUUUAAAAAAAAAUAAACUGUUGGAUUUUCAAUUUAGAUUACUUGUAUUUGUAAAAGCAUACAAUAGCACUAUCUUAUAAGGAAGUUUCUUUGAGGAUAAACUCAACAGAGCUAUGAUUUCUAAAAAUAUAAUUUUGGUUUGUUUGUACCUAUUUGUAGCAUAGUUUUAUACUGUCUUUAUAUUUUUAAUGAUAAUUGAAUGACACUUAUGCACAGAACCAAUGGCCACGUGGUGAGAAUAUAAAAUGUCAAUACUUGGUCCAACACAAAACUAAACAGAAUGUUUUGUUUUGCCUUAUCUACUGUCACUGGCAAUAAUCUACUGUGGAGCCUGUGUGUUACUGAUAUACUAAUCUUGAAAAAAGAUAAAUGUAAUCUUUGUCAAUAAUGUACUUUGAUGUUUAGAGCAACUGUGUCAAUGAAGAUGUGCAGUUUUCUCGUGUCAAAAACAUUUUUUGGCAGUGAAUCUGAUAUACUUGAAGAUUUUGUAUUUUUUAGGUACUUGUAUGCCAAACUAGCUAUGACUUAAAACUCCAUUGUUCGCUUCGUAAUGGUGCAUCAUUGCAUACAUGUCUUAAUGAGCUUGACUUGUCAGAUUGUCUGUUCACUGCAACAUAGGCUAACAAGAUGUCUGCUGAUAUGCUGUAAUCUCUCACUGUUUUGUCAUUUCUAGUAUCCAGUCAUGUCCAUGACAGGUUAUGUGACAGUUUCAAGUGAAGUGUUGCCAUAACUUGUGCAGACCAAGCACCUCUUAACGUCAUCAUAUGCUUAAACUUACAUGUGGCAGGUACUGUAUUAGGUGAUGGUUCAAACAACUUGGUAACAAAAGGAUUCAAAACAUGCAGUGCAUUUUAAUGCCCAUCUACCAAGGCUUAGAUAUCAUGGAUGUGUCACCUUUCUUUGUAUUUCACUUGAUAUUUAACCAAGGAACUUCAAUGUAUCUCACUGCAUUGAGCUCAAAGUGUAUGUAAUGAAUGAUUGUUUACAUAAAAGAAAACUAGAUUGCAGAGUCAA